AUGUCCGCUAUUGGGCUUCAAGGUGUCUCCUUGAACGAUGAAUGCACGGAAGCGUUGCCCUUCAAAAUGGUUACCGGUGGGAUAAUCGAUGGGGCUCGGCACUACGAGAAUGCAGUUCAAGUUGGUGUUGGUGUAGGGCAAAGUGGCGUUAAGCACGAAGACGUCUUUAUCAGUGAGGAAAAGCUCCAUCGUUGUCCAGGUCGUGACUCGUGCGCAGGUGCUCUCGACAAUCAAGUCAUCCAGGAGCUCUACAAAGGUGGUCUUUUGCAACGAGGCCAGAACGUGUCAUAUCCAACGGCCGUAUUUGGUUGGGAAAUCGAACCUACGGACAUGGCAAAGCUUGAUGCGUUGGACCGCGGGAAGGAGGGCGCAAUUACCUGGAAUCCAGUCGAGGUCGAUCAAGGAGUCAGGUUAGCCACCUCAGGGCUUCCCCCUUGA